AUGUAUAUCACUCUGCCCAACGAUAUCAAAGUCUACUACAGGGAAGACGGGUCCCCGACCAGUCCAACCAUCCUUCUCCUUCAUGGCUUCCCUUCGUCGUCAAACCAGUUCCGCAAACUGAUGCCCAUUCUCGCUGCCAAAUAUCACGUCGUCGCACCGGACUUACCAGGCUUCGGCUUCACCGAGAUCCCAGAGGAAUUGGACUUCAAAUACACCUUUGCCAACGUCGCUUCCACCAUCGGCUCUUUUCUGGAUGCGCUCCAAAUCAAGAACUUCGUGGUAUAUGUCUUUGACUACGGCGCGCCCACUGGUUUCCGUCUGGCCUUGGAACGUCCUGAAGCCGUCACAGCCAUUGUGUCGCAGAAUGGUAAUGCUUACGACGAAGGACUCGCCCCGUUCUGGGAUCCAUUGCGCAAACUCUGGGCUGCGGCCGACGGUUCGGAGGAGGAGAAGCAGAUUCGGGCGACAGUGCAGAAUGCAAUCCUUACCUUUGAGGCUACCAAAGCACAGUAUCUGGUCGGCGAACUCGAUGCCGACAAGAUCGACGACCCAGCGUCAUAUCACCUCGAUUGGGCCUUGAUGUCUCGGCCAGGAAACAAAGAGAUCCAGCUCGACCUGUUCAAGGACUAUGUGAGCAAUGUCGUCCUCUACCCGCAGUUUCAGGAGUAUCUACGCAAGAGUCAGGUUCCCGUGUUGGCGGUCUGGGGAAAGAAUGAUUUAAUCUUCGCGGCGCCGGGUGCAGAAGCAUUCAAGAGGGAUGUGAAGGAUGUCAAAGUCGUCUUGUUGGAUGGUGGCCACUUCUCCUCUGAGAGCCAUGCAGCCGAAAUCGGUGACUUGAUGUUGGGGUUCUUGGAGGACCGCAAAAUAUAA